AUGUUGUCGAAGCAAGUAAAACGUAGUCUGCGUUUCAGUAAUAUCGGAUCUCCAUGGAUUGUAACACAAAUUGGAUGUAAAAAUUAUGGAACUCAAGCUGAAUUGAAUGAAAGCAAGCCUACAGAAUUCAAUUUAAAAAAUGCACGACCAAGUGAAGAAGUACCGGGUCCCAGCAAACUGGAGUUUGUACGUGGAUUUUUACCAGGAGGUCUCUUCUACAAAAAAGGCUUAAACGAUAUGAUUUUAAUUCUGUCCAAAAAAUAUGGUAAUUUAUAUCGAAUACCAGGAUUGUUUGGGAAUAAUACUACCUACGCAACACUUAAUCCCAAAGACUAUCCUGUAUUGUUUCGUAAUGAAGGCAAGUGGCCUAUACGUAGAGGUUUCAGUUGUAUAGAACAUCAUCGAAAAGUGCAUAGACCAGAAUUCUUUGAGGACGUAGAAGGAUUAACAACAUCUUCUGGUGAACAGUGGGCUAAAGUACGUACUGUAGUGAAUCCAAUACUCAUGCAACCAAAGAAUGCCAAACUCUACUUUAACACGUUGCUCGAUGUUAACUAUGAAUUUUUGGAGAGAAUACGUACUAUACGCGAUCCUAGCACACAGGAAAUGCCUGAUGACUUUGAGGAUGAUAUCAAUCGGUUGACACUAGAAUCAGUCGCUGCUGUGGCUAUGAACACACAAUUGGGUCUCAUUCAUAAGAAUCGUCAUACUGCAGAAUCGAAAACUAUUAUAGAGACAAUACGAAGCGUGUUUGAGUUGGCCUAUGAUUUGGAAAUACAACCACCAAUCUGGCGAUAUAUCAAAACACCACAAUAUAAAAAAAUGAUGAAGUCACUGGAUACAAUGCUGGACAUCUGUAAUAAAUAUAUCAGUGAAGCACUAAGCAGGAUUGAACACGAUGAAAGUGGAAAACUGACAACAGAAGCUGGUAAAGAGAAGAGUGUUUUGGAGAAAUUAGCAAAGAAAGACAAAAAAAUUGCUGUAGUCAUGGCGUUAGAUAUGAUGUUAGCUGGUGUGGAUACAACAAGCACCACAAUAACUAGUAUAUUGAUUUGCAUUGGUAAGAAUCCAGAAAAACAAGCUAAACUAUUGGCAGAGAUAAAACAGAUAUUACCGGAGAAGAGUUCUAAACUGACAAUCGAGAAAAUGAAUAAUCUGCCUUAUUUACGCGCCUGCAUUAAGGAAGCUAUGCGUCUAUAUCCUAUAGGACCAGGUACGCUGCGCGAAACUCCUUACGAGAUCGUAUUAAGUGGUUAUCGUAUACCAGCCGGUGUAGAUGUGGUCACAGUAGGAAAUUUACAAAUGUGUGAUGAAGAAUAUGUGCCACAUGCUAAAGAAUUCAUACCGGAACGUUGGUUGCGAGAUGAGCAGGCUGCUAAGUAUGCUGGAGAUACAGCUAAUUCGUUUAUGUAUUUACCCUUUGGUUAUGGGCCUCGCAGUUGUGUAGGAAAGCGCAUAGUCGACAUGGAACUUGAAAUCUCAAUUGCACAUUUGGUGCGGAAUUUCAAUAUUGAAUUCAAUUAUCCUAUAGAAAAUGCCUUCAGGCAAAAAUUCAUUAUGGUUCCUAAUAUACCAUUGAAAUUUAAAUUUGAAGAAAGAAACAAUUAUUCAACUGAAAAACCUGUUAACAUUGCAAAUUCCAUCAGUUCAGUUUGCAAAAUGCUCUCGAACGGUUUAAGGUGCUUUCGGUAUACGAAAUGUUUCCGCGAAGUCGUAGGCCAAAAAUAUUGCACGGCCUCUGAACUGCAGAAUAAGAGAGAAACUACAACUGCCGCAGAAUUUGAUUUUAACAGCGCACGCCCAUCUGAAGAAAUACCGGGCCCAAGUACAUUUGAGCUCGUACGUAAUAUUCUUCCCGGUGGAGUUUUACAUAAUAAGCCGAUAACUGACAUGUUGAUUGUGUAUGGUAAGAAAUAUGGACAAUUAUUUCGCAUGCCAGGUUUAUUUGGUAACAGAGAUUUCUACGUGACGUCUAAUCCAGAUGACUAUUCAGUUAUAUUCCGGAAUGAGGGUCAAUGGCCAGUACGUCGCUGUUUUGAUACAUUUGUCUAUCAUCGAAAAGUGCAUAGAGCUAAAUACUUUCAAGGCGUUGACGGUUUACUGGCAAGUUCUGGAGAGAAAUGGUAUAACGUACGUAAGGUGGCGAAUCCAGUGCUUAUGCAGCCAAGAAAUGUGCGGCCCUAUUUGACGACAAUGCUUGAUGUAAAUGAUGAAUUUCUAGAAAGAAUUCGCAAAAUACGUAACCCAAAAACGCUUGAAAUGCCCGACAGUUUCGAGGAAGAAAUAAAUCGCUUGGCACUGGAAUCAGUAGCUGCAGUGGCACUCAAUACUAGAUUGGGUCUUAUAAAUCGAGAUGGAUUAGAGGGAGAUUCCAAAGCAAUUAUAAGUAACUUACGUAGCGUUUUCGAUAUGGUAGUUCUGUUAGAGGGUGUACCAUUCUGGAAGAUACUUAAGACACCUGGCUUUUAUAAAAUGAUGAAGGUUUUAGAUGCAAUACUUGAUGAUUGCAAUAAAUAUAUAGAAUUAGCUCUAGAAAAAAUAGAAAAGGACAAAACCAAUCGAUCAGCAACAGAAUUGAAUAGAGAGAAAAGUGUGUUGGAAAAGUUAGCACAAGAAGAUAAAAAAAUUGCUGUAACAAUGGCGCUGGAUAUGUUAUUUGCAGGUGUUGAUACUACAAGUUCAGCUUUAGCUGGCAUACUGGCAGUUCUUGCAAAAAAUCCACAAAAACAGGAGAAACUCUAUGAAGAAAUGAAGACGAUAUUACCAGAAAAGCAUUCCCGUUUAACAAUAGAUAAUAUGAGCAACUUACCUUACUUACGUGCUUGCAUCAAAGAGGGUCUACGUCUACAUCCGAUUUUACCAGGUACAAUGCGUCAAUUACCACAUGACGUUGUACUUAGUGGGUACCGUGUACCGGCUGGUAAUGAUAUUACCACUGCUGGAAAUGCACAAAUGCGUGAUGAGGAUUAUGUACCACGUGCUAAGGAAUACAUACCGGAACGUUGGCUACGUAAUGAUCUCAACAAUAAGUACGCUGGUGAUAUAGUUAGGCCUUUUAUGUAUUUGCCUUUUGGUUUUGGUCCUCGUAGUUGUGCUGGACGUCGUGUGGUUGAGUUAGAAAUGGAGAUCACAAUUGCACGUCUGGUGCGGAAUUUUAUUAUUGAAUUUAAUCAUCCAAUAGAAAAUUUGUUUAAGCAGAAAAUGAUUGUAGUCCCAAAUAAGCCGUUGAAUUUUAAAUUUGAGGAAAGAAAAGAAUAAGUGAGAUUGGAAGAGGCUGAGCUGAUCUAAUGUCAAAUAAAAACAACAAUAAAAAUAACGCAAAAUUUAAAUCGAACUAAGGUGUAGUUUAAUUAAAAACAAAAGACAAUGCGAAUAAAAGCAUUGAUUCGAAAACUUUCUAUCAUGAGUAAACCUAU